AUGUCGAUAAUACGUAGAUCACCCCCAGGAAGUAAAGUUCAUCAAGUGUCGUCGGAGAGUGAUAUUUCAAACAUUGAACCUGAAAAUCCACUGAAUUAUGUUGGGAGGAGACAGAAAAAACCCAGAAAUGAAGAUCAAAGGAAAGGUAUUGAUGAUUCCCUUAAAGAUGAACUAUUAUCCAUGCUCACCAAUUGGAAGAAGGAUCAAGAUCUUACUUUAAAACGUGAACGAAAGGAAAAUUAUAACUAUAUAUUGAGUCUGGAAAAUAGAUUAGAAGACGUGCAAAAAAGGCUUAAGUCCACAGUCAUCGAGUUCCGUAAUUUACCUACUCCAGCACAAAACAUAAAGCAGGAGACACAACAAGACUUAUGUGAUCUGGUUCAAAAAGAUUUGUGA